AUGGCAAGAUACAAAACUGCUAAAAAUAAAGCAUCAGCCAUAAAACGGCACAGAAAUGGUACAGGGGGUGGACCACCGUGCAAUAUAACCAUGUCUGAGGCACAGACAGAUGCAAUGUCAUUAAUAAGUAAUAUUGCAAUAAGUGGCCAUACAGAUUCAAAAGAAUCAAUUUGUGAAUUGGACUUUGAUACUUCUGUGAUACAAGGCCCUUGUAAACUGGAUUUGGAAAAUAUGAUAGUAUGUAACAAUUCUGAGGGCUUUGGUAUUAUCCAAGAAAUUGAUACAUAUGAACUUCCUGAUUAUCUGCCAGUAGAAAACAACAGUAUUCAAAUGCCAACUACUAGUAUUAUCAAUGUAAACGUUCCGAUAGAAAUAAUUGAACAACCAAUCACUUCCAAUUUAUCUUUCCAAUCCAUAAAAAGAAAAAAUAUUGAAAAAACGAUUAAAAAACCAUCGAUUGCUGCAGGGUUACAUGACAGUAAUUUAGCAGCCAAAAAACUUGGAGACAUUGCAACCCAAAAACUUGAACUUAAAACUGCUUAUUAUGCAAAAAAAAUUCAAGUAAUGGAAGAGCAGGUAUCUGUGCUAAAAAAUAUAGGUACAAUGUUGUCUUCUUUUAUAAAUAAAUAA